AUGAUGAGGUACUCUGACAAAUGCGAGGAUCUGACAACCCGCUUGUUUCAGGAUAAAUGUGUCCCGUGUAAUAAGCCAAUACCAGGAUACGAAAUUACGCCAAACUGUGGCUAUGAUGACCACGGUGGUCGACAUGAGGUUCCCACCAAACCAUGCAAAGCCAACUUUUUUAAUGAUGGCAGCAAGGCACUCUGUCAACCUUGCGCUCCAUGUCCCGCUGGUUUUAAUACUGCCAGCCCCUGCACCUCAACCACUGAUACCCAAUGCAAUAAACUAAGGACAAAUCAAGGAUUCAGCGCAACACCUGCCCAGUACCAUGCUAAUCCUGGUGUACCAUGGGCAUUACCAUUUGCCAUCGUAGUUUCCAUCAUGUUUGUUGUGUUAUCUGCUUACAUAAUCUACAAGAAGAGGAAAAGAGGCAAUGCAAAUGCGAGCAGAAGAUCAUACAUGAAUGCAACGUUUACUUCUCUUGCUGCUUCACCUGGAGAUGAUUUGGAGAACAUUCUGAGUCCUGGCAUUUUUUCAGCACCUCUACUGACUGUGCUGGAAAACUUGGAUGUUUUGGAAGAGCUGGUCAUUUUGUUGGAUCCAGAGAGCCAUGGAGUAAAGAACACCAGACAUCUUGCAUCCCUGUGCUCCUUCACGUCCACCUGGAUCACUUUCACUUACUCUAUGAAGGACAAGAAGAGUCCUCUUAAAGCCGUGCUCGAAGGGGUCACCAGCAAGCAUCCUGACUGGACAGUCGGGCACCUGGCUAGGCUGCUAAGGCAUAUGGAACGCAAUGAUGCCAUUUCCGUCCUCGCCAACCUCAGUCAGUGA